AUGGCUAACAAAGAAAAACUACAAGAACUUACCACCACCAUUAAUCAAAAUUCUGCUUCUAUCAUCGAAAUCAAAGACGACAUGGGAUCUAUCAAAGGCGAAAUUGGCUCCUUACAGACUUUUGUUGCUGAUUUAGAUUCCAAACUUUCUUCUAUCUUCGAUUUACUUUCUACUAUUCAGCAGCAAGGUUCACAUCGAACUCCAGAUCCACAGUCAUCUGGUGCUCCUCCACCUCCUCAGGGCGGCGGCUUUGAUGAUAUCAAUCGGCUUAUCAAGAAUUUUCGUCAUCCUGCUCCUAGUAAAUUCACUCGUACCCCAAAGGUAGAUUUUCCUAGAUUCAAUGGUACAAACCCUCAUGGCUGGGUUCUUAAGUGUGAACGAUAUUUUCACCUUCAUAACUUCCCCGAAGAAGAACGUGUUGAUAUGGCUGCCAUACACUUCGAUUCUCAGGUUGAUCCCUGGUAUCUCAACUAUCAACAAGGUAAACAAUCUAUUACUUGGGCUACCUUUGUUCAGGGUUUAUAUGCUCGUUUUGAGGAUGUUGCACAUGAUAACUAUGUCAUAAGUUUUAAUAAAUUGUACCAAACAAGCACAGUAGAAGACUAUUAUGAUAAAUGGGAACACUAUAAGAGUUAUAUGGUAACUAACAAUCCCAAUCCAGCUCGUCCUGAGAAUUUUUAUACAUUGAGUUUCAUUAGUGGGUUGAAGGAGGAAAUACGUACUGUUGUGCAAAUGUUUAAACCAGCUGAUACUUCCACAACUUUUUAUCUAGCUAGAUUACAACAAGCUUCAGUAUAUCCACAACCUAAACCAAUCAAAUCAUUCGCUAGACCAUUUACCCCUACACUGUUAUCUGUUUCACACCCUCCCUCUACUAUCAAACCAUUUUUCUCUUCUACUUCUACAUUCUCCAAAGGUACUGGUACUUCACCACCACCUAUCCUAACACACCCACUCACCCCAACAAAACAUUCACCAGAUUCCACUCUUCCUCCUAUGAAACGAUUAACCCAUGCUCAAAUGCAACAAGGAGACGUAUCCACUGAGGAAGUUAUUGAUGCAUCUCAUUCAGGUGGCGAAUUCCCAAUUGAGAUUUCCUUACAUGCCUUAACAGGGGCCACUACUCAUGAAACAAUCAGGAUAUCUGGUCAUCUUAACAAGCAUACUGUGACUGUCCUUAUUGAUACAUGCAGUACACAUAGCUUUAUUGAUGCAACAUUGAUUUCGCAGUUGGGUCUACAUGUAUCUCCUACUGGACACAUGUUGGUUACAGUUGCAAAUGGGGAUAGCACAAUCAGUCAAGACAUCUGUCACAACCUCACUUGGGAGAUGCAAGGCUACCAAUUUUCAGCUAACUUACGGUCCUUACCUUUAGGUGGAUGUGACAUUGUAUUGGAAGCUGACUGGAUUCGCCAACUUGGUGAUGUUCUUUUCAACUUUGCUCUCUUGCGCAUUUCCUUUCUUCACCAGGGCAGUACGAUCACUCUACAGGGUACUCAUUCUAAACCCUCUCUUAGCUUAAUUAGUGGUUCUUCUUUUGUGAAAUAUCUUAAGCAAAACACGCCCACCAUUAUUGGCCAAUUUUUUUCUAUAUCAUCUACUCCCAUCAUUCCACCCCUACCUGCAGUUUCCACACUUUUGGAUACCUUUGCUGAUGUUUUCGCAGAACCAACUGGCCUUCCUCCAUCUAGACCCCUUGAUCAUAAAAUACCUCUCAAAACUGGCUCAAACCCUACUUCUCAACGGCCUUAUAAAUGCCCCUACAUACAUAAGUUUGUAGUUGAAUCUUUAGUUUCUGAAAUGUUAUCCAAUGGUGUCAUCCAAAAGAGCCAUAGUCCAUUUGCUGCUCCUAUCCUCUUAGUAAAAAACAAGGAUGACACUUGGCGUUUUUGUGUUGAUUAUCACAAACUGAAUGACAUUACGGUUAAAGAUAAAUUCCCCAUACCACUUAUUAAGGAACUUUUAGAUGAGUUGAAUAGGUCUGUAGUAUUUUCCUAG